AUUUGAGAGGUGGGUUAUUUAGUCUAUUUCCCUUCGACCGUCCUCCUCUCGAUCUCACUCGGCUGCUUCAAGGUUUUGUUACCAAAUGUAUGUAUAACAUUUUUCCUCCAGAUAUCCAGUUAUUUACGAGUCAUGGUGUUUAGAUUUGAGGGAUCCGUUUGCCCGGGCGAAGAUUUCCGAUCGGCAGCCAAUUUCUCAUCCCUGACUUCGUUGACAUAGACGAGGAACUUGUGCUUGCUGAAUUCAUCGGAAGAUUUGUGGUGCGGAGGCGGCUUACUUAAUGGGGCUGCUCAGUAUCAUUCGAAAAAUCAAAAGGAAAGAGAAAGAAAUGAGCAUACUUAUGGUUGGCCUCGACAACUCCGGGAAAACUACGAUCGUUUUAAAGAUUAACGGGGAGGAUACUAGCGUUAUCAGCCCUACACUCGGCUUCAAUAUUAAGACUAUCACCUAUCAGAAGUACAUAUUUAACAUAUGGGAUGUCGGGGGCCAGAAGACUGUAAGAUCAUAUUGGAGGAACUAUUUUGAGCAGACAGAUGGAUUAGUAUGGGUAGUGGACAGUUCUGAUCUUAGAAGAUUGGACGAUUGCAAAAUGGAACUCGAUAACCUUUUGAAAGAAGAGAGGCUAUCUGGAGCAUCAUUGCUUAUUCUAGCUAAUAAGCAGGACAUAAAAGGAGCCCUUUCUCCUGACGAAAUUACUAAAGUACUGGACUUGAAAGCCAUGGACAGAACUCGGCACUGGAAGAUUGAUGGUUGUAGCGCUUACACUGGUGAGGGGCUGAUGGAGGGGUUCGAUUGGUUGGUCCAAGACAUUGCCUCUAGAAUCUAUGUGCUAGACUAAUAUCUUUCCAUAUCUUGUUCCUCGUGGAAGAUCAUUUAAAUUCUGUCUAUAAACACUCAUUGUUUUUUAAGAAUGUUUUGAAUUAAUUUAAAUAUAUUUCUUUUAAGUUUCUUUGGGAUAUUUGAUUACAUGUUUGAAA